UCCCUUCCUUUCUGCUCGCCCUCCUCCUCCUGCCUUUCUCUUUAUUUCUGAUUGCACACAUCAUCCAGUUCAGAGCCAAAGAUGUCGUCUCUCCCUCUGGUAUUGACUGAGCUUUCAUUGUAGUUUGAAGAACCGAGACAGAACUCCAAAGGAAACUGUUGUUCAGGACUAAAGCUUGCAGACCAAAGAAGAGAGAAGAGCAAAGGUUACUGACUAAAGCAGCGACAAGUUGAAGGAUCAAGACAGCUUCAAAAGAAUUUUAAACAAGUUUAAGCACCUCAAACUGAACUCAGCCUAUCAGCGUCCAUGGAUAACCCACCAAGAACCCAGCGGAGGAUCCACUGGUUCAGAUCUGGAGUCCAGUCACGGUCAAGAAUGGCCCUGAAGAGAGUGCAGAACAUCACAAAAGAUGAUGUGAAACGAUUCUUCAUAAAAAAUGCCUUUGUGAUCUUUACGGUCACUGCUGUCAUUAUUGGUAUAGGUCUGGGGUUUGCCCUGCGUCCUUAUAACAUGACAUAUCGGGAAGUGAAGUUCUUUUCUUUCCCUGGAGAGCUGCUGAUGAGAAUGCUCCAGAUGCUGGUGCUGCCUCUGCUUAUUUCAAGUCUCAUUACAGGUAUGGCUGCACUGGACAGCCGUGCCUCUGGUAAGAUGGGUAUGAGGGCGGUGCUUUACUACACCACCACGACCUUCAUUGCUGUGUUCUUGUAUCGUCUGGUGCUGAUCAUUCACCCUGGAAAAGGAUCGAAGGAUGAGUUUAAAAGGCAGCAGCAGGUUGAGCAGGUCAGCCCUGCCGACGCCUUCCUGGACCUCAUCAGAAACAUGUUUCCUCCAAAUCUUGUUGAAGCAUGCACCAAACAGUUCAAGACACAAUAUGGCAAGAGAGUUGUCUAUGUGACAGUGAUGGUGAAUGAAACCUUGUUCACACUCAAUGGUAGCCAAGAGUUGACACGAGAGGAGGUGAUUCCAGUGCCAGGAACAGUUAAUGGAAUCAACGCGCUCGGCCUGGUGGUGUUCUCUAUGUUCUUUGGUCUGAUCAUCGGCAAGAUGAGGGAACAGGGUCAACCCCUGAAGGAUUUCUUCGACUGUCUCAACGAAGCUAUCAUGAAGCUGGUCUCCAUAAUCAUGUGGUACGCCCCUGUUGGUAUCCUGUUUCUGAUUGCUGGUAAGAUUGUGGAGAUGGAUGACAUUACAGCCAUGGGUGGCCAACUAGGCAUGUACACUUUGACGGUCAUAGGUGGCCUCCUCAUCCACGCCGUUAUUGUCCUGCCAACACUCUACUUCAUCAUCACCAGGAAGAACCCCUUUGUCUUCAUUGCUGGGCUGCUGCAAGCACUCAUCACUGCUUUGGGUACCUCCUCUAGUUCAGCCAGUUUGCCCAUUACUUUUAAAUGCCUGGAAGAAAACAACAAUGUAGACAAGCGAGUAACCCGUUUCGUACUCCCUGUUGGUGCCACCAUAAACAUGGAUGGCACAGCCCUAUAUGAAGCCCUGGCAGCCAUUUUUAUUGCUCAGGUCAAUAAUUAUGACCUUAAUUUUGGACAGAUUCUCACCAUCAGUAUCACAGCCACGGCAGCCAGCAUAGGAGCAGCUGGAAUCCCACAGGCUGGACUAGUCACCAUGAUUAUCGUGCUGACGUCUGUGGGUCUGCCCACCGACGACAUCUCACUCAUCAUUGCUGUGGACUGGUUCCUGGAUCGAUUGCGCACGGUAACCAACGUUCUUGGAGAUUCCAUUGGCGCAGGCAUCGUGGAACAUCUAUCUCGCCACGAGUUGCACAACAAAGAUGCGGAGCUGGGGAAAUCUGUCAUGGAGGACAGAGCCAAGAAACCAUAUCAUCUCGUCUGCCAGGAGAAUGAGCACGAGAACGAGAACGAGAAACCUCUUCAUUCUGAAACCAAGAUGUAG